CACUUCACCAUUAUUCCUUCCUCUCUCUCUCCCCGAUGGGACUGGUCUCAUUUUCCAAGAUUCUGAUCAUUCGCUCCCAUUUGUGGCCAGAAGAAGGAUUAGCUGUCCGAGUUUGAAUUAUAGUUGUUUUCUUCAAAAAUGUAUACUUUUUUUUUUUUAAACCUUGAACUAAAGCCCCAUAUUCAGGCAAGUACGAGUGUUGCAUGUAUUUUACAAGUGUUAAGUGCGGGCUCUAUCUAGUGCUACGUGAAAGAAUCACCGAAUUAAACAAAUAAAAUGUACAGCAUUUAAAACUUCACGUCAUUAUGGUGGCACUUGGAGAGCUAAGUAUUUUUUUUGGGUGAUACUUGGUGUAAAAAGUUUGAGAACAAUUACAUUAACUGAGUAAAUAUCAAUAUAUUGAGUGAAAAAAGUACUUUACAUGAAAAAAAAACACCAAAAAAACGAUUCAGUCCUCUUGUCUUCACAACUACAUUACCCAUAAUUCGCUCCUCCUUGAAAGGCCGGCUUAGGUUUAUCUGUAAAAAGAGUGAUCCUGCUAAAUUUGUGACUAUAUUUGGAAGUAACACAAUAGUAUUAUUGAAAGCUGUCAUAUUACGUAAUAUAUAUACAUAUUUUUAAUACGAUAGAAAUGUAUUUCUAAUGACUUAAAUCGUUGUUUUAACCGUCCCUGCAAGUUCAUGGUUGGCCAACAUCUUUCCGGCAUCUCAGUUUGCCGUCAGGAAGCAUAAACAAAAUGUUUUCAUUUUCUUAAAAAUGUAGAUAUAUUUUCUCAAAGAGAUAUUUUUGAGGUUUUGCUGACUUUUCAUCCAGCAUGGACGAAGACGGGCUCAAAAUGCUGGUGAAGCUAACCCAGGACGGAGACCUUAGCUCUUUGAAAAAACACAUGCAGACAUGCGGACUAAUGGAGGCUGCCAGAGACAAACACUUCGGGCGGUCCGGCGACACUCUCGUACACUACGCCGCCCGACACGGACACUUGGAUAUUUUAGAGUUUCUCAUAAAAGAAGUCGGCACCGAUGUGGAAGUUUACAACAACGACUAUAAGCGGCCACUGCACGAAGCUGCUUCCAUGGGCCACCAAGCAUGUGUCAGCUAUCUACUGCAGGAGGGAGCGAAAGUGGACAUCUUAAAGAAGGCGGAUUGGACCCCUCUGAUGAUGGCCUGCACUCGGAAGAACCUGGACGUGAUCCGGGAGCUGAUGGAGCACUCCGCCGACCCGCUCCUGAGAAACAAAGAUGGCUGGAACGCCUUGCACAUCGCCUGCAGGGAGGGCGAUCCCCUGGUGGUCCGCUACCUCCUCGAAGUCGCUCCGGAUGUGUGGAGAAGUGAGAGUAAGACGCGCAGGACACCUCUCCACACGGCGGCUAUGCAUGGCCGUGAGGAGGUUGUUGGCAUCUUGCUUGAGAAAUGUGACUACAACCCAGACCACAAAGACAGCUGCGGAGUCAUACCUUUCAUGGACGCUGUGAGGAACGGACACAUCUCAUUGGCCAGGCUCCUUUUGGAGAAACAUCAGGCAUCUCCAACUGCAGCCGACAUACUUGGGGUUCAGCCAGUGCACCAGGUGGCUAUCACUGGCCAGGACCAGGCGCUGCGGUUCCUAGUACGAGAGCUCCAUGUUGACGUGAACCAGAGGGCCACUGGCUCGCAGCUCACCUCCUUGCAUUAUGCUGCCAAGGAAGGCCACGUUUCCACUAUAAAGACACUGCUAGACUUGGGAGCAGAUCUUCAUGUUCGGGACAAAAAAGGAAGAACAGCUCUCCACAUGGCUUCCAUCGGUCAACACGCGGAAGCUGCCAGGACGUUGCUGCAGCUCGGGCUCGAAGAUUCCCAGGAUGCAUCUGGCACCAUGGCAUGCCAACUUGCCAAAAAAUCUGACAUCAUGCAAGUUUUCAACUACGUUUAAUCAAAUCCACUCAAGGGCAUGAUAAUUCUAAUAUAAUAAAGAAAGAAACAUCGACAUUUUUCUUAUUUUUUCCCUCUUCGGUAGCUAAAACGAAAGUCUAGAAAUCUGUUUUCAAAUGGAGGGAGUUAAAGUAAUAAGUCAUCAGAAAAAUAAAUAUUCAAACAAAGUAUAGAUACUUGAGUAAAAAAGUCUUUGUACUAUAAUUCUCAAUGUGUGGUAGUUUGUGAAGAAAAAUCGCUGAAUUAAAUAUUGAAACUGUAUGUAAUGUUAUAGUGGCUUAAACCCUUUUAAAUCCUUUGCAGUACAUUUGUUAAAUACAAUUGAGUUGUAUUUAAAUACAUUUGUUCACUACAAUUGAACUGUAUUUCAUAAAA